AUGUUGUCUUAAUCUACAAAGUUUAAGCUUUACCUGCUUUUCAAAGCCAUAUCAGAGAAUGAACAGAUAGUCGAAGAGCAGAGACAAAGACUCGUAAACUAGCCAGACUAUGAACCCUAUGCUGCAUUCAAGCGUAUUGAUAGAUUGAACUAGGACAAGAUCAAUGCACAUGAUGUAGAGAAUAUGGUAGAUUAUGCAAACGAAGUAGAAUGCUUUUAUAUGUUUAGAUAUUUCGACAAAGACAACGAUGGAUUUCUCGAUUUUGAUGAAGAGAUUCAUUAUCAUGUAAAGGUAGAAAUUGAAAAGAAGACUUAUGAAAGAUAGAUUGACUUUAAUACUGUUGCAACUUUUACAAUCAUUGAUAUUCAAAGAAAUGGAUAUCUUGAUUUUGACAAUAUGAAGAAGUUUAUGUCAAAAUUUAAAAGAGAUAUUAAGAAACCAGACAUUAAUGCAAUUGUAAGAAGAAUGGAUCUUGAUGGAGAUGGAAAAAUUGCUUUUAGAGAAUUCUCAUUAGGUAUCACACCAGAAUAUCCGGCUCUUGAGGUAAAACCAGUUGAAUUCAACAUUGAGAAGAAGUAGGAGUUACUAAAACAGUUUGAAGAGAACAAAAGAACAAAUAUCAGAGAGAACAGUCAUUCACCUCUGAGAGAUUAUAGAAAUAUAUACUAGCAAAAUGAGCAUGACUCUCCAGUCAAGAAAGAAUUCUCAUAAAUGAAACUUAAAUAGCAAAUUGAUCCUGAGUAAGAAUUCCUGAUUGAUCUCAGGAAAGUUGGUUCUCCUCAGAAAACUGUUAAGAAAGAAACUAAAAUAAAGCAAAAAGAGUAAGAUGCAAAGCCAGCUAGAUCAAGAUAAAGAAAUGAUACUCAAAGUGAUGGUAGAAACUUGUAGGAUGAUAUAAAAGGCAUUAAUAAAUCCAUUGAAAGAGAAAAAGAAGCUACAAGAAAAUAAUCUUCCAGUUUCAUGCCUUCUACCUUUUAAAAUGCAUUCAAUCAAAAUAAGAUAAAAAGAUCACAGCAAAGCAGUGCAAGUUUUGAUGCCGAUGGACAAUAGCUCACUCCAGAAAGAAGAGUCCCACUGCCAUAUAAAGAUAAAAAUUAAAAAACUGAAAAUAGCCCAAUACUAAAUAAUAAGCCAACAAUCUAAUUCGAAUAGCUUGAGUAAGUGGCUGCAUCUUAAAGAAACGAAUCAGUUUCAAAUUAUUCAGUAUCUAACAGAACUCCUACAAACAAUAUUGUAGGUCCAAAAUCAAUAUUGAAACAAGGAACUAAUUAAAAUACAUAAAAGCAGUAAAUAAAGAACAGUGGCGAUCACUUAGAUAUUAUUGGUAUGCUAGCGAUUGGAGCUGAACUUGAAUACUAAGUAGAGAUUGCAAGAUAGAAGCUUAUUAUUGAAUGCGAAGAUUUCAACACUAUUGAUGCUUUCAGAUAUAUUGAUAAAUAAGGAAACGGGAUGAUACAGCCUCAUGAUCUAUUAAUAUCACUCAGGAAAGAAAUAGGAAUAUAAUAUGAACAUGUAGAAGAUGAUGUCAUUAUGAUAUUCUAAAAGUUUGACAAGGAUGAAUCUCGUGAGAUGAAAUAUAGUGAAUUCUGUGAUGCAUUUGCUCCCAGAGAUAAGGGAAUUCUAAAAGAACUCGCUGGUAGAAUUCCAAGGAAUGUCCAUUUAGCGAUGAAGUAUGAAGAAAUGUUUUCCUAAUAAACAAGAGAGCAAUAUAGAGAAACUUGGAUGCAACAUUUUAUUUGUGAAAAAGAAACUGAAGUUCUAAGAUAGAGAUUGCUUAAAAAUCCGUAUUUUGAUCUAUAGAGAGCAUUUAGAACUUUUGAUAUCAACAAUUCAGGCUAAAUAACUGCUUAAGAUAUUGGCCAGGUUUUAGCAUAAAAUGGGCAUCCUCUCAAUGAAUUGCAGCUAUAACUACUGUUUGCUAAGUUUAAUAGAUAAUAGCAAGAUGAAUCAAUUAACUAUGCAGAGUUUAUAGAAGAGAUUACUCCAAGAGCCCCAAUUUUCGAUGAUAUGUGA